AUGUUGAGCUGCGUCCAGCUUAAAGUGCAGAGGACACUGGUAUGUGUAUGGAAAGAAAUGAACUGGGGAAACUUAAAACUGUAGUAAAGCACAUGUGCUGCAGUUCUGGACUUUUUGUUCUGGAAUUAUUCUACUUCACCCAGAAUUCAGGAAGAGUGGGAUGUAGGAAAGCUCUGGCACAAACCAGAAGAACAGCUGUACAAACCUAUAAAAUGGAAAGUUGUAAUAGGUGAAGUCAUCUGGCCUCCCUAGGCUAACCAUUUCUCUUUACCUGUACCUAUUUCCAUAUGAAAUGCGUCUUGCACUGAAGUCCAUAGGGGUAUCUUCAUCUACAACCUAGGUUUAUAUCUACUCCAGAUUCUCAAUAUAGUGCAUCUAACAAAAUGAUUUUGAAAGUCCAUAUUCACUUUGACCUUGUCAUACCACAGAUAUCCAUGUCACCCAAACCUUAAAUCAUGACUCUCUAAUUCCAAAAUCCCCCUAUUUCUUAGGAUCACUCACUCCUUCAUCCACGCUAAGCAAUAGGUGGCAAAAUACAAUUUCUAAUCAGGCAGUUCCAAUCCUCCCCUUUGCUUUACAUCUUGCAGUACUUUCAUUUUAACUUGUGGUUUUUUUCAUUGCCAUAACACUUAGAUAAACCCCUUUUGCCAUUCUUUAAAUAGUGAAUCAGUCGCAAGAGGUAUUAUUUGAAAUAAAAAUAUCAUGCUAGGCAAAACAUUCAUUUUUAUCACUGAAAUUUUGCCUAGCAAUGACAAUUUUUACUUUUCCCAUCUUGGCAUAAUAAUCCAAGACAGGGGUGCCAGAUUACAUCACAAUCCAAUGUUAAGUUUAUAUUGGGGUUAUCUGGUGCACAGAGGGCAUUUCAGCAAAUGAGCUGCAAAUAGGUAAGUUGUUAGGUGAACAGCCUAGGCGGGAAAGUGUUCUGGGAUUUAAAAGCUGUCUAAAAACAAUAUUCAUCUGCUUUUCUUUUUUCAUAGAUUACGAUGUCGAUUUUCUGGAUAAUUCUCUUAGUGUCAAUUUCUGGCACCAAGCAUGCUGAGGUAAGAAAAAAAUGUGACUAGCAUAGGGCUUGCCGAUACGAAGGUCUGCAGUUUGAAUCCCCGUGACGGGGUGAGCUCCCGUUGCUCGGUCCCUGCUCCUGCCAAACUAGCAGUUCAAAAGCAUGUCUAAGUGCAAGUAGAUAAAUAGGUACCGCUCUGGUGGGAGGGUAAACGGCGUUUCUGUAUGCUGCUCUGGUUUGCCAGAAGCGGCUUAGUCAUGCUGGCCACGUGCCCGGAAGCUGGACGCCAGCUCCCUCAGCCAGUAAAGCGAGUUGAGCGCCACAACCCCAGAGUCGUCCGCGACUGGACCUAACAGUCAGGGGUCCUUUUACCCUUUACCUUUAAAGGUAAAACAUUUGCAUUUAUUGCUAAAAAUGUCUAACCCCCCCCCUUUCACUGGCAGAGGAAGAGGAGUGCAGGGGGAGCACACCACCCCCGGCAGCAUGAUCCUGGCAGGGUGCCAUUGCAGCUGCCCCCGCGCUGGGCACCCCACCCCCACAGGCAGCGCUUCCCGCCCCCAGGACGCACGCCCCGCCCCGCCUUCUCUCUGCCCCCCCGGUGCCGGAGCAUGAAGCUCCUCCAUUGCCCCUUUUGUGGGGUCACAAGAGAGUGAGUGUGAUGCAGUUAGCGUGUUAGGCCGGGGGAGACCAGGGCUAUCAAAUCCCUACUGAGAAUAUAUUUGAUGUCAUUACAGGAGGAGUGCGAGAGCGACCUGGUGGAGCGAAUGCCCGCCCUGGAAGGUCCGUUUUUGGCUCUCCAGACCGUGAAGGUGACAAAUACCUCAUUUGUGAACUGCAUAAACGAUCCACAAGGACCUGUCACGUUGGGCAUGGAAAACGUGAAAAAAAAGCCAGAAAGGAAACAUGAUUCAACUGGAAGCGGUAAUUUAUUUUUUUAAUCCUCUAUUGGGAGGGGUUGUCAUGUGUUUCUUUGUUGAUACUGAACAUCUUCAUCGUAUCACUUUAUAUUAUAUAUUCAGACAUUCAACCAGUAGACUUUAGUCCAUUAGGGCAAGUGGGGAACUGCCCUAAAAAGCUAAGCCUCUGUUAGCCAGCCCCCAUCUGCUCCUCUUCCUCCUUAGACCCAGUGUUGCUGUUAUGGAACUCAGCAGCAAGGAGAGUGAGGACAAAGCCAGAAUUAGUUCACUCUGCCUGUCAUUGGCUCUAAUUCCCCACUACUGUUGACUCUCCCGUAUUCUGCCCUACAAGUCCAGUGGGCAUCAGCCCCUCCCCCUGCAUUCAAUGCAAUAAAAUGAACCAUAGAUGCAAGUGUCAUUUAUGACCUUAUCCAUUUCCUUUGGCUUAAUAAUCACCUGGAUGCUCCAAAAACUAUUAUAGGGGAAAGAACAGGAAGGUUGAAAAUCUUCCAGAUUUUUAAAAUGAGAUAUUUAUAUUUUGAAAACAUUUUAAUAUAUAUGUAUUUAUUUGAAAUUUCAGGUAGUUCCAAAAUGGUAGUAAGGCACCUGAAAUUCCUCGACUCCUUGAAGACUUCUGACAAAGAGAAUUUCCUCCCAGCUGUAAUGAAGAGAAGUAGAGAGAAGUUGUGGACUUUCAGCCAGGGGGACUUUCACCCAGCUUUCAUAGAGCCAGCUGUAUCAUCUGCCUGCAAAGGCUUGUGCCAAGGAGUUGGAUCCAUGGAAGCGUACGACCGGGUGGCAAAGGUGGUGGCCCCAAAACAUCAAGAACUCAGGAAAGAGGAAGGGUUGCUCACUCUGCUGAUGCAGAAGCUCAAUAUGGACAGAGACGAACUAAAGAAAGUAAUUGACCAUCUCCGGGACCUAAACGAUGAACUUGAAUCACUUAAUAAACGGAAAAACGAACUUGAAAAGAGGAUUGAGGAAUGCGCUCUGAAGCUGCAAAGGGCUGAAAAGAUGAGCUUGGGAGGAAAGGAGGAUAGGGGCACGGAAGCAGCAAGCUAUAAUCUUUCCAUUAUCAAGGUGUCUGACUCCACUUUUGUAAGGACCUUGGAGAACGCCAUCCAGUUUGGAACCCUAGUCUUGCUUGAAACUAUCGGCGAGGAAGCGUUGGGUGACCUCUCAGAGCCAGUGCUGCUAAUGGCAACUUUCAAACAACAGGGUGUAGAGUACAGGAGACUGAGUGAGAACGUUCUUGAGUACUCAAGCAAUUUCAAGUUUUUACUCAAUGGAUUUCUAGUGGAAUACUACUUGGAGGAGUCUGACCACGUCACCAAGGAGCCCAUGUCUCUGGUUAUGUUGAAACAGGUAGAUUUUAUGGAAAUUUGUAUCUGUUUUCAUUAUCUGCCAUAUCUGUUGCAAGCUCAGUAUUCUGAACAGAGACUGAGAGAGAACGUUCUUGAGUACUCAAGCAAUUUCAAGUUUUUACUCAAUGGAUUUCAAGUGGAAUACUACUUGGAGGAGUCUGAGCACGUCACCAAGGAGCCCAUGUCUCUGGUUAUGUUGAAACAGGUAGAUUUUAUGGAAAUUUGUAUCUGUUUUCAUUAUCUGCCAUAUCUGUUGCAAGCUCAGUAUUAUGAACAGAGACUGAGAGAGAACGUUCUUGAGUACUCAAGCAAUUUCAAGUUUUUACUCAAUGGAUUUCAAGUGGAAUACUACUUGGAGGAGUCUCACCACGUCACCAAGCAGCCCAUGUCUCUGGUUAUGUUGAAACAGGUAGAUUUUAUGGAAAUUUGUAUCUGUUUUCAUUAUCUGCCAUAUCUGUUGCAAGCUCAGUAUUAUGAACAGAGACUGAGAGAGAACGUUAUUGAGUACUCAAGCAAUUUCAAGUUUUUACUCAAUGGAUUUCUAGUGGAAUACUACUUGGAGGAGUCCGACCAUGUCACCAAGGAGCCCAUGUCUCUGGUUAUGUUGAAACAGGUAGAUUUUAUGGAAAUUUGUAUCUGUUUUCAUUAUCUGCCAUAUCUGUUGCAAGCUCAGUAUUAUGAACAGAGACUGAGAGAGAACGUUAUUGAGUACUCAAGCAAUUUCAAGUUUUUACUCAAUGGAUUUCAAGUGGAAUACUACUUGGAGGAGUCUGACCACGUCACCAAGGAGCCCAUGUCUCUGGUUCUGUUGAAACAGGUAGAUUUUAAGGAAAUUUGUAUCUGUUUUCAUUAUCUGCUGUAUCCUUUGCAAGCUCAGUAUUAUUAACAUACUAUUAACAUACUAUUAUUAACAUAUUAUUGUUGAAAGACAAUAGCUGUCGACACACCAAGGCCCAUGACUUUCUCCAAAGAAUCCUGGGCACUGUAUCUUUCAGAGCUACAAUUCCCAGCAUGCUUAACAAACUACAGUUCCUGAUUAGUUAGAAAGCAAAAUCACCUGCAGAUUCUGGUACCUAGUUGCCCACUACUAAAAUGUUGGUGCAUUUUUGUUUUGAUUUUUUUCCUGAAUUUGAAUGAUUAUGAAAUGUGGUGAACUGAAGAUUGGAACAGUAAGGAAUUAAUAUGUAGAUUAUGCCCUCUUCCUUGCUUGUCCUUAGAUUGCAAUAAUGCCAAAGGAGCUUCCAGCUCUUCAGCUGAAAUGGAUUAAGACCUCCGCAGAAACGGAGAAAUUGGUAGUCCUCUUAGAAAAAGAAACCAUUGAGGUUUCGGAUGCCAAGGAGCAGCUAGUGGGUGCAGAUGAAAAGGAAACUAGUGAAGCUGCAGCUCUUGCCCAGGGUAUUCAGGUCAUUGUGCUGUGCAGCCUGGUGCUCCCUGCCCAUCCUCUGCUAUGCCAACUUACCUGAGAUUAAGCCCCUUUGAACCCAAGAAGACUGAAAAAAAUUGCACACAUAGGACCGCACUGUCAGCACAUGAUGUGCCUUCCACAGUUGGUUUUUAAUGAAAGAGCGGCAAUUAAGAGGGGAUGUUCACACAUGAUGUUGCUGAGAGGGGAUUCAACCCCUUGUGGCCCCUCACCCGUUCUGAUCUGCCUCCCCAAGGUUGCUAUUUACCCCAGAGUUAAAAGUAAUAUUGAGCUAAAAAUGCCCUCCUUUUGUGGUGUCAUAAGUGAGUGAUGCAGCUGAGUGUUAGGCCAGGGGUUAGGGUUAGGAUUAUUGUUUCACUGGACUGUUCAUCCUGACUAUGUGGCAUAUUUGAUAUGAUUACAGGAGGAGUGCGAGGGAGAUCUUGCCGAGGCAAUGCCAGCCAUGAACACUCCCCUGAAUGAAACUACACAUUCUGGGGAAGAAUAA